UUGAUGUAGGAGCAUAACGCACCGAGCCCAGCGAGAGGAAAGCGAAGGUGGCAGCAGCAGCAAUGAGUAAUACAAGUCAGGUACCGAUUUUGCUACUCACUUUCGGCUCCUGAUUGUCACCGGCUUCAAGUGUUGGAGUUAAGCAUUUCAGCAAAUCUAUCCCCCAAUUUAGCUUCCAUUGGAUAUCAACAUCGAAUCCAGGCCUCCUUAGAUCAACAUGUCAGCAACACAACCUAUUCAUUCAGGUUUCGAAGCUUCUGCUGUCAUGUGAUGUGAACGAGGCAACUAGGAAUGUCAGGUGUUACAAAUGGGGGCGGCAUGGCUCGAUCGGGAACAAGGCCCUUCCACAAAGGGAAGAAGCAAACAGAACAAAGCUCAGACUCUCUAUGCAUAGUCACUGCAACACAUCCAACCGAUCCAGACCUUCCAGCCUCUCCAAACUCCUCAGCACGCAACCUUUACGCUGUCCAAUUCCUCCAUACGGUUAUCGCCGGUAUGGCUGAGCAGGCGCAUAUCGUUGCUAGGAUCGCGGCGCUUGACCAAGGAAGUUUCAAGGAUGUAACCAAGCAAGCGUUCCAGCUUAUUGCUAGCUGUUACGAAAAGGAUGAGUUUGUCGAAUGCAUCGAAGGCGCACAACACAUCCUGGAUACCUACCCCCUCAACACUCAAAUGCGACUGAAGGUCUACAUCUAUAUGGCGAUGUCAACCAAAGAGCCAGCAAGGCGCGGACGACUUCGCGAUCUGGCCGAGAUUGCUUAUGCAGCUAUCAUUACAGAUUUACCUGCUGGAAAGUCCCCCGGCAACAAUUUGAUCAAUGCCCGCAAAGAGCUAGACGCACUUACAGCCGGCCUCCUCAGAGACGAGUCGUCCAGCGGCAAGCCCGAUGAUACUGCAACCUCGGACUUGAUCAUCUUCGAAGAUCUUCCUCCCCGCGGAACAGAGGCAGAGACUUCGGGCACGAAAGGCGGCCAAAUCUUCAUCACCCCCGGUGUUCUCCCUCACCGUAGCAUCGGAGCUAUGCAUGGAAUUCUGGACAAGUAUGAACCUCGACAAGAAAAACCCCAAGAGAAGAAGGGCUUGUUCUCGGCCAUGAGAAACCCGAUGGCAAGGAAGAAAACCGCGAGCGCUCGAUUCGUUGAGCCAGACCCCGACGAGAACGACCAAGAGUCUCCAAGACCCCGUGUUCGUUUCAAUGCCUCCGACGCGCUACCGGGCACGCAGCUCCAGCCGCCCAACCAGCCCCCGCCUAGCAUUCGGCCACCACCUACGACCCAGGGCAGGUUCGACUCGCUCCUUGGAAAGGCUGGAUUUGCAAGAGGCACAGUCUCCUCCAAGCUCAAGGCAGCUGAGAGCCUCGAAGUUAGCAAGAGGUCUGCGAGAUCCCUGUCCAGAAUGACAGGCGCGAACCAGUCGACUGUCAGCCUUGCAGCCUCCACUUCCGCGAGAGGUAACGCUACCAAACCAUCUGGUCAAAUGGCUACCAGUAGGUCCCACCCAGCCCUCCCCACUGGGGAUGGCUCGCUUGCAAGAAGACCCUCUCACAAGCACAACGAAUCAUCCGGCACAAUUGGACGUGGUCAUGCGAGACAUAACUCGGAAAUUUCCAAGGGCUCUAGUAAUGACCACAAGCAAGACUCUUCUGGCGUAAACACUGGAACUAUCCGCCGCAAGUACGUAGCCGACUUGACCAUGGAAGCAUGUCUGAGUGUACGAUGAAGCUGACUAUGUGCCCAGUGCCAGCAUGAGAAGGAAGCAGGAGAAGCAGGACGAGGAGAAAUCAAAGACACUCAGAUUCAGAUAAAUGCCGACUGUAACAU